GUUUCCAUGAGGUUGUCGCCCUACAUUAAUGCAAUAACGAUCACAGUUUUCGCCUCGUCUCUUGUUCCAGCUUAUUUCGGAGCUCAAGCGAGCAAUGGAACUGUGAAAGGAGAGGAAGCGCAUGCUCUGCUGGAGUGGAAAUCUGGUCUGGACAAUUAUAGUCAAGCUCUUUUAUCUUCAUGGCAAGGGGACGACCCUUGCAUAUGGAGAGGGAUCGGGUGCGAUGACCCGGGAAGUGUCUCGGAGCUUAAUCUCACGAACAUGGGUUUGCAAGGUUCGCUCAGCAAACUUAAUUUCACUGCUCUGUCAAAUGUCAUUAGCCUCAAUCUCUCGGCAAACUCGCUCUAUGGUCCCAUUCCUCCAUCCGUAGGCAACCUCUCUAAGUUGUCCACUCUGUCUAUCUUUGAAAACUCGCUCUCUGGCACAAUCCCUCUUGAAAUAGGCAAGUUGAGUAGGCUGAGCAUUCUUUACAUUAGCAGGAAUCAUUUACACGGGACUGUCCCUGAAGAAAUAGGAAUGCUGCACUCUCUUUUGAACCUCAGCUUGUAUGAAAAUAAUCUCACAGGUCAGAUUCCUACUUCUAUGGGAAACUUGAGCAACUUAAUAGUUCUUGCCUUGGGCCAAAACAAUCUCGUAGGGUCUGUUCCUCGAGAAAUUUACACCCUAAGUUCUCUUACUUUCCUUUCUCUCCGAAUGAACAAAUUAACCGGUUCCAUUCCUUCGUCUAUAGGAAAUAUGAGUAGUCUAAAAGUCCUUAACUUCCAAAGCAAUCAUCUUGCUGGUCCAGUUCCCCAGGAAAUAGGAAGGUUGAAAUCUCUGGCAAAGCUCACCCUGUCUUCUAAUAAUUUCAGUGGUCCAAUUCCUGCGUCUAUUGUAAACUUGACUGCCCUGACUUUAUUAUCCCUCAGUUCGAACAAUCUUUCCAGCUCCAUUCCCGAAGAAGUUGGAACUUUGAGACAUCUGAAGGAACUUUACCUGGGGGAAAAUAGUCUCAACGGGUCAAUCCCAAGAUCAAUUGGAAAAUUGGUCAACUUGAGUGAACUGACUUUGCACUAUAACCAUCUUUCUGGUUUCAUCCCGGAUGAAAUGAAUAAUCUCAGAUUUCUAAGAUGUAUCCACAUAGGUGAUAAUAAGCUCAUAGGGCGACUACCAGAUAACGUUUGCCUUGGAGGGUUACUUGAAAAUUUUACAGCUCCUAAUAAUCACUUCAAUGGUCAUAUUCCGAAGAGCCUGAAGAAUUGCAGUAGCUUAAAGAGGAUUCGACUAGAAGGAAACCAACUCACAGGAAACUUGACAGAAGAUCUGGGCGCAUAUCCCAACUUGAAGUACAUUGACUUGAGUUAUAACCGAUUCUACGGUGAGCUUUCUUCGAACUGGGGCCGUUCCGCUAACUUAACAAGCGUAAGAAUCUCCAGUAACAACAUUUCUGGUGAAAUACAUCCCAUGAUUUGGAAUAUGGCUCAGCUGAGAGUAUUGGACCUCUCAUCAAACUAUAUUACUGGUUGGCUUCCAAGGGAAUUGAGAAGAUUGACUUACCUGCUCGAGCUUGAUCUACAUGAUAACAAAAUCUCUGGUAAUAUCGCCCCUGAAAUUGGUCAUUUGUCUACACUGGAGAAGCUCAACUUGGGAAGUAACAAGUUUGGAGGCUCGAUCCCGCAACAGUUAGGACAGUGCCGAAGCUUGUGGAACUUGAAUUUGAGCAACAACGAAAUUCAAGCCAGUAUUCCUUCGGAGAUUGGCAAUUUGCAGUUUUUGCGUGAUCUUGAUCUGUCUUUUAACUUCUUGGCAGGAAAAAUACCACGCAGUAUCGGAAAGUUGACAACUUUGGAAGUGUUGAAUUUAUCCUACAACAGCAUCUCAGGCUUCAUACCCCAAAGUUUCAACGAUCUGUUGGGAUUGGUAUCUGUGAAUAUAUCCCACAACGACCUGGAGGGUCCAAUCCCAAACAUCGAGGCCUUUCGUGAUGCUCCAUACAGCGCAGUUGCAGGCAAUAAAGCUGGGUUGUGUGGUGUUGCAGCUGGUUUGAAGAAAUGCUCCGAGAGGACCCGUAGUAAGAAAGGAAACAAGAUUCUAAUCAUUUUCUCACUACUCAGCUUCAUCAUCCUCACAUCUUUAUUAAUCGGAGUGAUAUUUCUAGCUUGCCAAAGGGGCAAAAGAACAGAGCAAGACUCAUUGGAGGCGCGAGUCCCAGGAGAUGCUUUUGCAAUAUGGAGCUAUGACGGAAAAAUGGUGUAUGAGAACAUUAUUAAAGCCACAGAAGGAUUUGAUUCCAAGUACUAUGUGGGAGAGGGAGGAUAUGGAGUCGUAUACAAAGCCAAGCUAUUCGUUAAUCAAGUUUUCGCAGUGAAGAAAAUCCAUGCGCCGCAAGACAAUGAAACUUUGGGAUUAAUGUCACUAGAGCGGGAGGCCACUGCAUUGGCAAAUAUACGACACCGUAACAUCGUCAAGCUCUAUGGGUACUGCUUCCAUCCGAGAGACUCGUUCUUGGUGUACGAAUUCAUGGAAAGAGGAAGCUUGAGAAGGGCCUUGGGUGACAACGAGAUGGCGAUGGAGUUUGAUUGGGCUAAAAGGGCAAGUGCGAUCAAGGGCGUGGCGGAUGCAUUGUGUUACAUGCACCACGAUUGCUCUCCUCCAUGGAUUCAUAGAGACAUCACUAGAAACAAUGUGCUUCUAGAUGGUGAUUAUGAAGCUCGUGUUUCUGAUUCUGGCACAGCAAGGCUUCUCAAGUCAGAUUCAUCUAAUUGGACUUCAUUGGUCGGUACAGUUGGUUAUAUAGCACCGGAGUUAGCAUAUUCAACAGUAGUUACUGAAAAAUGUGAUGUUUAUAGCUUUGAAGUAGUAGCAUUGGAAGUAAUAAUGGGAAGGUAUCCGGGUGAUCCUAUUUCAAGCUCGCGUCAGUCAUCAACAUUGUCGAUGCAAAUGGACUCCGGAACGUUACUGCAAGACAUGCUAGACCGACGUCUCUCGCUUCCUCUGGACAAAGACGCGGAGAACGUGGUCUCGAGUGCUAAACUAGCACUUGCAUGCUUGCGAGUCGAUCCUCAUCGUCGACCCACAAUGCAAAAAGCCUGUCAAGUACUUUCAAUUCAAGUGCCUUUGGUGAAGCCAUUCUCGGAUGUCAGAUUGAGUGAGCUGGAUGGUGUCCAAUGGUUGAGGUAGCUGAACGUUCGAGGAUUGACAGAGGAAGAUCUUAAUCGUUUCUUGUCUGUAAAUGUUCAAAUUAAAUGCAGUUUUUCAUUUUAAGUGCUAUAAAAAAAAGGGUAGUGCUCUCGGGCAAGGAGUUUUAUAAAUGCAUCAGCCGAUUCUCUUUUGGAGCACUCUACCACAUCAUUUGGAAGAAUAGAAACGAUAUUCUCUUCAGGGGUGUGCAGAUUUCUACUUCGGCUAUGAAGAAGCACCUUCUUAAGGUUGUUAAAGAUAAGGCUUGCACCUUCAAGAAUGUGGAGGAUUCCCCAAGAAACAGAAGAGUGCAACGUUCCUGGGAAGUGGACCCUGCUAUCUUCGAUGUCUAAGUUGGCCUUGCCUGGGUAGACACUUGGUGCUGCUUUGUGUUCUUCCUUUGGCGUGUUGCCUUGUUUUGGUGUUGUCGGCCGAUUGGCCUUUUUCGGCUUCCUUUCACUCAUCAUGAGCCUGUUCAUCUUGAGUGACAGUUCUUUGAAGCUGGUUGUCUGUACUUUUUGACCUUCCCCUUAAUAUUA